AAGUCCCUGAAGAUGUUGCUCUUCAUCUUGCUUUCGCUCUUCAAUUUCAACCCAUCUCUGAGCCUAAAAAUCUGCUCCUUCAAUGUGAGGUCUUUUGGAGAAACAAAAAUAGCCAGACCUGAAGUUGUUGAUGCCGUGGUAAAGAUAAUUUCUCGCUGUGACAUCAUGUUGCUGAUGGAAAUAAAGGAGAACAAGAACCGGGUUUGUCCUCUCCUGGUGGAGAAGCUCACCAGUCAGCUGAAGGGGCCGAAGGAGGAAUACAGCUGCGUGGUCAGCGAGAGGCUGGGAAGGAAGAGCUACAAGGAGCAGUAUGCCUUCAUCUACAGGCAACAUCUGGUAUCGGUGAAACAAACCUACCAGUACCCUGACACCCAGCCUGGCGACGAGGAUGCCUUCUCCAGAGAGCCCUUUGCCAUCUGGUUCAGGUCUCCAAAAACUGCUGUCAAAGAGUUUGCUAUAAUCCCUCUGCACACCACACCAGAGACAGCAGUACGGGAGAUUGAUGAGCUCUAUGAUGUGUAUUUAGAUGUAAAACAGCGCUGGAAAAUCGAGAACUUCAUCUUCAUGGGGGACUUUAAUGCUGGAUGUAGCUACGUUCCCCAAAAGCAGUGGAAGAACAUCCGGCUGAGGACUUACUCCGAAUUUGUCUGGCUAAUCGGCGACAAAAAUGACACGACUGUGAAGAGAAGCACAAGCUGCCCGUAUGACAGGAUCGUGGUCAGCGGGCAGAAGCUCAUCCACGCCAUCGUGCCACACACUGUCAACAUCUUUGAUUUCCAGAAGGACUUUCAGAUGACUGAGGAGCAGGCGCUGGGGGUGAGCGACCACUUCCCUGUAGAGUUUGAGUUAAAAACAAGAGACGGCUUCUUCAACUGGCUGAAAUCGCGGUUUUCAAAGAAGAGGAGACCAAGAAAGAGCCGCCACUUGAGCUCAUGAGUGUGCUGAGUCCUCUCACGUGGCAUGGAAAUACACAGAUGCCAGCAGAUCUUGUAGAAGACUAGUGUAGAUAUACUGACAGCAAGUGCAAUAUUUAGUGGAAAAAAAACCCAAAUAUUUUGUUAAACUUCAAAUAUUUUGGGUCAGAAGGUGAAUUAAAACUUCAGGCUAUUUUCCUUAUUGUACGCGAAAAUAAAUCAACUAGAAGCAGCACACUAGACUUACGUA